GCCGUCUCAAGACGUUGUGUGUUUUUGUAGAAGCUGAAGCACGACUUUUGAAGCGCCUUCCUGGGCUGCGUCGAAUGGACUUCGUCGUACUUGAAAGGAAAGAGCAAAAAGCUUGAAGUCGCUCACGUGAUGAUAAUCGGUCCUCCGAAAAAUGAAAUCGCAAGACGCCGCCUCGGUAAGGAAUUUCGUGCAAAAGUUGUGAUUACCACUCACGCUGAAGACUCGGUGGAUGUCCGUUCACCACCCCAUUGCCAGUAGAAUAUCGUUGCUUUCGGUUCGUGCGCAUUGAUGUUGACGUAACGUUCUCGGCUUGAGUCGAACUAACUUCUUAAUUUCGGUUUAGUUGUACUUGUACAAGUGCAACUCGUGAAAAUGCAUCGGUAGUGUCGUGCUGCUUGUGAUUCCUAUCUCGAUUUUGAAACCGAAGAAAACCAUCGGAC